AUGAUUCCCAUCGCCCCAAUCCAACUUCGCAUAUUUGACUCGCCCAAGAUGACGGACUCGAAAUACUUUACCACCACGAAGAAGGGCGAAAUUUUCGAACUCAAAUCCGAACUCAACAAUGACAAGAAGGAAAAGAAAAAGGAAGCGGUCAAGAAGGUCAUUGCCAGCAUGACUGUGGGGAAAGAUGUGUCGGCCCUGUUUCCCGACGUUGUGAACUGCAUGCAAACGGACAACUUGGAGUUGAAGAAGCUGGUCUAUCUGUAUCUGAUGAACUAUGCCAAGUCGCAGCCCGAUAUGGCCAUCAUGGCCGUCAACACGUUCGUUAAGGAUUGUGAGGAUACGAAUCCACUGAUCCGUGCGCUGGCCGUGCGCACGAUGGGCUGCAUCCGAGUAGAUAAGAUCACGGAGUACCUAUGUGAGCCACUGCGCAAGUGUCUGAAAGACGAAGAUCCCUAUGUGCGCAAGACUGCUGCAGUAUGCGUGGCCAAGUUGUACGACAUCUCCAGCUCGAUGGUGGAAGAUCAAGGAUUUCUGGAUCAGCUGAAGGAUCUUCUAUCCGAUUCGAACCCGAUGGUGGUGGCGAAUGCCGUUGCUGCGCUGAGCGAGAUAAACGAAGCUAGUGCGAGUGGACAACCGCUGGUGGAGAUGAAUUCCGCCACUAUUAACAAGCUUCUGACAGCGCUCAACGAGUGCACUGAGUGGGGACAGGUAUUUAUACUGGAUUCACUGGCAAACUACACGCCCAAAGAUGAACGGGAGGCGCAAUCGAUCUGCGAACGUAUUACGCCCCGUUUGGCUCACGCUAACGCGGCCGUGGUGCUGAGCGCCAUAAAGGUGCUGAUGAAGCUGCUGGAGAUUUUGGCCGGCGAUGGCGAUUUCUGUUCGAUGUUGACGAAAAAGCUUGCCCCACCAUUAGUAACGCUGCUAAGCUCUGAGCCGGAGGUGCAGUAUGUAGCAUUGAGGAACAUUAAUCUUAUUGUUCAGAAGCGUCCCGACAUUCUCAAGCACGAGAUGAAGGUGUUCUUCGUGAAGUAUAACGAUCCAAUCUACGUGAAGCUGGAGAAGCUGGACAUUAUGAUCCGGCUGGCGAAUCAAAGCAACAUCGCGCAGGUUUUGAGCGAAUUGAAGGAAUACGCCACUGAGGUGGAUGUCGAUUUCGUGCGCAAAGCAGUCCGGGCGAUCGGGCGUUGCGCGAUUAAGGUGGAACCAUCAGCGGAACGGUGCGUGUCUACGCUGCUCGAUCUCAUCCAGACGAAGGUGAAUUACGUCGUGCAGGAAGCGAUCGUUGUGAUAAAGGAUAUUUUCCGCAAGUAUCCCAACAAGUACGAGAGCAUCAUUAGCACGCUGUGCGAGAACUUGGACACACUCGACGAACCAGAGGCACGCGCCUCGAUGGUGUGGAUCAUUGGUGAAUAUGCGGAGCGUAUCGAUAACGCUGACGAACUGUUGGACGGCUUUCUGGAAGGUUUCCAGGACGAAAAUGCGCAAGUGCAGCUGCAACUGCUAACGGCGGUGGUGAAGUUGUUCCUCAAGCGUCCAGCCGAUACGCAGGAACUCGUGCAGCAUAUUCUUUCACUGGCCACGCAGGACUCGGACAAUCCGGAUCUGCGAGAUCGUGGCUUCAUCUACUGGCGUUUGCUGUCAACGGAUCCGGCCGCGGCGAAGGAGGUCGUACUAGCCGAUAAGCCGCUCAUUUCAGAGGAGACCGAUCUGUUGGAGCCCACUCUGUUGGAUGAGCUGAUUUGUCACAUCAGUUCAUUGGCCAGUGUCUACCACAAACCGCCAACGGCAUUUGUGGAAGGGCGCGGCGCUGGUGUUCGCAAGUCGCUUCCGAACCGCUCAGCAUCGGCGGCCGGAGAAGAUAACUCCUCGGUCCCAGAGGCCACCGUUAUCCCCAACCAGGAAUCGUUGAUUGGCGAUCUACUCUCGAUGGACAUUGGGGCACCGGCAGCUCCAGCUGCUCCAGCUCCAGCAAGCAGCAAUGUGGACCUUCUUGGUGGAGGUCUCGAUAUUCUGCUCGGUGGCGGUCCUGCUGCUGCGAACGAUACGGCACCGGCGGCGGCCACUGCAGCAGGCGGUUCCGCUGCGGGCGGACUUCUGGGAGACAUUUUUGGUAUCGGUCCAGUGAGCAGUACCAACAUGAUUCAGAUCCCGAAAAUCACCUGGCUGCCGGCGGAUAAGGGCAAGGGUCUCGAGAUUCAGGGAACGUUCUCGCGCCGAGCCGGACAAGUAUAUAUGGACAUGACAUUCACCAACAAGGCGAUGCAGGCAAUGACCGGAUUUGCCAUCCAGCUAAACAAAAACAGCUUCGGACUGGUACCGAGUGCACCGCUUCAGGUUGCGCCCCUGCAACCGUCCCAAUCGGUCGACACUUCUCUAUCGCUUGGCACAACGGGUCCGGUGCAGCGUAUGGAACCACUGAACAAUCUCCAAGUUGCUAUCAAAAACAACGUGGACAUUUUCUACUUCGCCUGCCUCGUCCACGGUAACGUGCUGUUCGUGGAGGAUGGACAGCUUGACAAGCGGGUGUUUCUGACCACCUGGAAGGAAAUUCCGGCCGCGAACGAGAUACAGUACAAUCUGCACGGCAUUGUCGGCACGGCCGAUACGGUGGCGGCAAAAAUGACGGCAAACAGCAUCUUUACUAUCGCGAAGCGCAACGUCGAAGGUCAAGACAUGUUGUACCAGUCGCUGAAGCUGACGAACAACAUUUGGGUGCUGCUGGAGCUAAAACUGUCCCCGGGAAGUUCCGACGCUACGCUCAGUUUGAAAACGCGCUCGGUUGAAGUCGGCGCGAUCAUCUUCGCUGCGUAUGAGCAGAUUAUCCGUUCACCCUAA